AUGGCUUCCUCGGACGAGACCCAGGACGCGACAGAUCAACCGCCAUCGUAUAGUCUGGUCGAGCCGGAGCCGGAGCAGCCAGCACUGCUGCUCCCUCCGCUGGACCUCUCUCGAGAUGCCGGACCCUCUUCCUACGCAACAGUCACACCAGAUCAAUGUGCCGCGCAUCUCAAGUUCCUGGCAGCGCUCGCAGACCUGCGUGACGGGGUUGCGAGUACCCAGGGUCUGUUUGGCAUCGACGACCCGCGCCCAGAAAUCUUUCUAGACAACACUAACGAGGCCUGGGCCCGCAUCAAAGAAAAGCGAUGGGCUGUCUACACUACCCGCGCGGCUGCUCGCUAUGCCACCUGGUGGGAUAUGUGCGUCCCGGCCUCUCGCUCGCGUCCCACGCUCAGGGACCUCGUCGACGAGGGGUACAGCAACAUCACCACCUCAACCCCGCUCGCCUGGUCCCAGGACCUCCUUCCCCCCCUAGACGUCCUGAUGAUAUGGCACGCCCACAUGCUGAACCCCCGUGCCUUCCUCGAGGACUGCAUCCGACACGGCAAGAUGAGCGCGUGGACCACGGGCUUUCCAUGGGAAGCCAUCAACGCCAGCAUCGAUGACCGGACCCUGGAAUACGACGUCACGCAAACCGCCAAGGACACCUUCCUCGCAAAGACCCGUCUCCAAUGGGACAACCUCCUCGACACAAAUGACAAGAUGCUAUGCUGUCCCAGCUGCGACGAGCGGAUCUUCGUGCCCUGGACCAGCGGCAGCAUGGGAGUUCUCCUCGAGAAUCUCUUCCGAGGCUGGAGCGGCAUCGCAGACAAGGACUUCAUAGCCGUAUGCCCACGAUGCCGGCUCACUCUCAACCACGAAAGCCUCAAGAUCGCCAAGCUCCGGCAGGACAUCACGGCCCUCCUGACCACCGACCUCCCCAUGCCAGGCACAUACUACAACCUGCACGGGGUGCCCGAACCAGCCUUCGACCCGCAACGCCGCAAGCAACAAUUCUUCUUCCCGAACCGCUUCCUCGGCGUCGCCGGCCGCGACAUCCUCGACCGCACCAGCCCGCGCAACAACCAAACCCCACUGACCAUGAAAACCGUCAACGAGUACAUCGCCACGAAGCUCAAACAGCGGGACAUCAUGUGGCGCGCCAACCCCAACAGCUUCCAAACCAACCUCUACCCGGACGAAAAAGUGUCCUACCGCCGCAUGAUGUCGCACUACUGGGACAACUUCUCGCCGUUCGCGCUGGACCUCGUCGGCGCCGUCAUCCGACAGGGGACGUUCGUCGAGAAGAUGGACAAAAUCGACUGGCUGCACUCGCCGACCAUCCUACCCACCAUGAACCGGCUCAUCAAGAAAUACCAACUCUUCUUCCAAAUCAUGACCGACCACCCGUCCCACAUGGCGGUGCCGACCCUCGACGUCGACCUGGCCUGGCACACCCACCAACUCACCCCCGGCCGAUACCUCACCUUCUCCCUGCACCGCACCUCCACGUCCCCAUCCAACCAAACCCCCAUCUUCAUCGACCACGACGACAAAGUCGACGAGACCAAACUCUCCGACUGCUUCGAAUGGACAUCCAAAGCCUACCGCAAACUCACCGACGGCGAAAUCUACAGCGAAUGCACCUGCUGGUACUGCGAAGCGAUCCGCGAACCCGACUUCUCGCGCUCCCUCCCCUCCCUAUUCCCUUCCUCCUUCUCUUUCCUCCCCUCCACCACCCUGAAAGCCCGCUCCGCCGCAACCAACCUGCACACAAGGGCGGAUAUCUCCUCCGACCCGGACAAAAACCCGCACAUCUCCGCCCACAACGCCGUUCGCCCCGACCUGCCCUCCCUCGGCUCCACGGCUUCGAAACUUUCCCCCUCAUCCCUCGACCCCCGCGCCAUCAAAUACCUCAAACUCCGCCACGACUACGAGAAAGCCCAGCGGCGCGCGCAGAAGCAGAAACGCCGCUCCAAGAGUGGCAUCCCGCCCCACGCAGAUACCAAAUCCCAAUCCCAAUCCAAGGAUCCGAAUCAGAAAGAGAAUCAGAGAGGCGCCGCAUCAGAUUCCGCCGUCUUAUACGCCACCCCCUUCCUGUGGGGCUACCCCGUCAUCGUACCCUACUAUGCCCCGUUUGCGUGUGACCCCGGGGUUCAUUCGGAUGCGUAUGUCGCGAAUCCAAGCUCCAUCAGCCCCGCCCAUCUCUAA